AUGACUUAUCAUCCUCCUACCAUGCACCCACACGGCCUUUCCGAAGUCUCAACGUUGAUACAAACAACAGGAACAGGCCUUGCAGUAGUUACGUUCCAAAAAGUCACAAUGACGGCCACCACGCUUUUUACGAUAUCGUACAACGCGUAUGGCCAAUAUCCACGGAACCAUCUGUCUGCCACUGCGUAUGGCACAGCGGCGCUGGAUCGUCACCGGAACAGGCUGUGGGAGUGCAGGGACCGGCUCUUCACCAGCAAAGGUCUCGAGAAGGGACACUAUCUUCCGUUCCGGGACAUAUCCGCAUCUGGUUCAGUGAAGAAGAGCAACAUUCACAGCGACGAACAACUCCGAGAUUUCCUCUGCACCGAUGCAUCGAAUACUACAGCCACCAAUGAUACGGUAGUAGUCCAGCCCAGCUUCAAGGGAGACGAGGCCUGUCGAUUUGUCUUUUUGUGCGCCGAGAGUGCAAUAGGACCCUUGGAGCUAAGUGCAAUGAUGCUGUUCCAGCUGCUGAGCUUCUAUCAGGUCAUGUUACACUUUCUGGACUUUCUCUACGUAUAUGCAUCUCCCCAUGGCGAUGACAAAGAACUGCAUUUCAGUGGUUUCAGAACACAGAAAACUCUAACGAACCCACAACCGGCAACGAUCUUGCCUGAGCUUGGCCGGAGUGGCAGGCAAUAUCAACUGUGUUACAACAUCAAGACCGCCGUAGACAAAGGAAUCGAUGGUUGGAAAACUCGGCAAGCGGCUAUCCACCACCAAUUCGACAUUGGCCAAAGCACACAACUAUGGAUCAUCGGAGACCCUCAUUCGUCCAUCAAAAGAGUUGUUGGUGAGCUCUAUCAUGAAAAUCACGUUUAUCCAACCAGCUUCAGUACUUUUCAACAAAGCUUCAAGUCAUCUAUGGAUGUACACUUAUCUCUUGCAUCUUGGGCUACAUCAGAAUGGAGGUGGAACAUUCGAUUCCUCGAAGAGAGGGCUGAAACACUGACCCUCAAAGCCACGCUUGUCAAAGAAAGGGCUCACAUCGAGACAUUAGAUCCCGGCUCUCUCAGUACGGUUCAGAGAUGGGAAGAGAAGACCACUGACACCGUUAUGUCUAUGGAAUCGAACGUCAAUGUUCUGAAGCUUCUUCAGAGAUACUACAGAGAUCUACUCAAGGAUAGCGAUUUCCCCCAGAGAGAGCGACGUGCGUGCCAACAGGGAGUCAAGGACUUCUGUUUUCAACUAGAAGAACUCAUCUGUGAAAUGCAAAUGCAAAUCGCCAGGGCACAGGUAUUGGUGAAAGUUCUAGCUGAGCGGAAGACGGUUCUCAUUCAGAAUCUGCAAGCCCAAAGUGCUAUUAUUUCAUCAAGACUUGCAGCUAGUAUGUAUGACCAAGCCGAUCGCAGUGCGAUAGAAGCUAUUGCUGUUCGCAUAGUCACAAUCGUGACCGUGGUUUAUCUGCCUGCAACCUUCUCAAGUACCUUCUUCAGCACAGAUGUUGUCAAGUAUCAGGGCGGUGAGGUCUUCUCAAAAGUUGCGCUUGAUCGCUUUCUAGAAGUCACACUUCCACUGAUGCUCCUCACCUUCGUCCCCGCUGGAAUCUGGUUCUGGCUCGAGAGACGGAAAAGAAGUAAGACUUCUCACCGGGCUAAGGAAGCGUUGGUCGAUUUAUUUUCUGAAGAGACGGAUCUCGACGGAAGAUGAAAAUCUCGUUAGCUAGACCUAUUGAUCUUUUUGCUUUUGUUAAUCGCUAUCGUAAGUUUGAUUUUCUACAGUUUGGCAUAUUAGUGCGAACACUUUACUGCCCAAAGUAUCUGUCUUUCCUUUUCUUUCUGGGUCCGGAGUUAUUGUUCAAUAGAAAGACAAAUAGCAGCAAUGCGUGCGAUUAACCGAUUUCCAUGACCUUCUACCUAAAUAACAUAAGGGAUAAACUAUCG